AACAAACGCAUUAUAUAUCCUCAUUAUAGAUAAUGUAAUAUGGUACAUACAAACUUAAUACAAAAAAUAAAUUGAGUUUUCCAGUACGUAGUAUGGGGUGAAUACUAGUAUUAUUAAAUAACUCGAAGACCAGAUCGUAAGACGUAUCAUAAAUAAGCGUCACCAAAAUGUCUAAUUAGAACAAUUCCGAGUCUUGUAACAGUUAAUGUAUGGAAAAGAAACAAAGUGUUGGAGUAAAAAAACAAAAAUGUUGUUGAAAAAAGCAAAAGAAAAAAAUGUUAUAAUACAAGAUUUUUUCAACUCUUCUCAACACUCGAGGAACGUCGUCUUCAAAUUCUAGCCUUGAACUAUGAAAUUUUUUUUUUUUUUGAGCUCAACACUCGUGUGCAUCUGACUUUGACCACAUCUACAACGCAUAUAUGUGUGUGCCUGCAUGCAAGUAGCCAUAUUAUAGUUUAAUAUUUGAUAAAACCGAAACCAAAAGAAACUUGGUUUUUCUCAAAUCUUCCUUAGCUUCCUCUUGUUUUGUGGAUCCUAGAACCCUUUUCUUCCUCUUCAAUCCCCAAAACACGCAACUUUCUUCUUCAAAAAUGUAACAGUGAAGAAGAAUAAAUGGAUGACCAAGUGUCUCUAUUUUCAUCAUUACCAUAUUGGUUUUGAUAUACUUUAUCUACAUAGUUUUCAAAAACCACAAGUUAUAUACUCAAUAAUGGAAACUUGCAGCAUCAAGGAUGGUUCGUCCGUCGCCUCCAGCCCGAUUUCUUCUCCGAAUAUUAGUACCCUUUUGAAAAUCAAAGUUCUUUCUUGGAGUAAAGAGACCGGUCUACCUGCGUCAGUACAUGUUCGAGUGUGCAACAAGAGUUUUAACCUUCACAAGACGCUCUUGUGUACAAAGAGCGGAUAUUUUAAGGAAAGAGAAGAUCAGCUAUCGGAGAUCGAGAUACCACAAGAGUUUCCUGGUGGAGCAGAGACCUUUGAGAAGAUUAUGCUUUUCAUAUAUGGCUGUCCAACUUUAAUACAUCCAUUCAACAUCGCUGGGCUUAGAUGUGCAGCUCAAUUUCUUGAAAUGACAGAACAACAUUCGACGGGAAACCUCUGCGAAAGAUUUGACCUAUAUCUAAACCAAGUUGUCUUGCAAAACUGGGAUGAUACGUUAGUUGUUCUGAAGAAAUGUCAGGAUCUAUUGCCUUGGUCUGAAGAUUUACUAAUCGUGAGCCGGUGCAUUGAGUCUCUGGCUUUCACGGCUUGUAUGGAGAUUCUUGAUCCGGAAAGACGAAGAGAAAAGCCGGUAGUCAUGCUUGAAGGUUUGGUGAAUCAACCAUGGGAAUAUACAACCGUAGAGAAAAUUAUAAACCAAGAUACUUGGAUCAAAGACCUCACAGAUCUUCCAUUCGAAUUCUUCAGACAAGUGAUUGGGUCACUUAGAAGACAAGGGAUGAAAGAAAGAUAUGUAAGUCCAUUGAUCGUCUUUUAUGCCAGCAAAUCUGUAAUACCUGAAGGUCAAAGUAAUACUGAUAUUCUGCAAAGAGCUCUUGAUCUGCUUCUUACAAGAGACAAGGCAUAUAGGUUUGUUCCAGUCGGGUUUUAUUUUGCGUGUCUCGCACACAAUUUGAAGCAUGAAACUGUGUUGAAGCUGCAAGAUCAGAUUGUAUCUCUUCUUCACAUUGCACACACCGAAAACUUUAUAUACCCGAAAGCCGGGAACGGGCAAGUUGCUUUCAGUCAGGAGUUGCUUACAAUGGAAAGCCUGUUUUCAACAUAUGUAUCAACAGAAUCAGAACGACAUCUUACUUCCUCCCCAAGCAACAUGAGAGUUGGAAAAUUGUGGGAUGUUUAUCUCUCUCGUUUACCAUAUGAUCAAGAGAUGAAAACAACAAGGUUCAUUGAGCUGAUUGAGACAGUCCCAAUGUCAUUCAGAGAGAGUCAUGACCAACUCUAUCUUGCAGUAAACGCAUUUCUUCAGGUACAUACAACCAUAUAUCAGGAAGAAAAAGGAUCAAUCUGCAGUUACCUAAACUCCCAAAAACUAUCACAAGCAACGUCCCUCCAACUCGUGAAAAACGAGCAAAUGCCAUUACGUUUGGUUGUCCAAGCUCUCUUUAUCCAACAGCUCAACACACACCAAGCUUUCAAAGACUGUUCUGACUCAUUCAGAUUCACAAACUCUGCAGACUUCUCCGGUAGUGUUGUUCCAAGCUCAAGACCCUUAACAUCCCAACAAAGCCCUUGCACUGAUGAUGAAACCGGGGCAAGAAACAGGCCGUUAUGCUUCUUGAUGCAGAAAGAUGCAACAUUGGAUGAGUACGAGUCAACGAGCUUUAGAAUCCAUAACCUCGAAGAGCAACUAGUUUCUUUAAAGAAGAGCCUUCAGUCCCACAACAACCAAAAGAAGCCAACUUGCCUUGGAAAAAGAUCAGCGAGUAGAAACAAGAACACUUUCGGCCAAGUCAAAACGGCUUGUAUUGGCUCUGUAAGCUUUACUUCACAGAGAAAUUAUGCCAAUAAGCUGCUCCGGGUACUACGUAGAGUUAUCUUGUUUGGAAGUAGAAAAACUAAUAGAAAAACAGAUGAGAGUGAGAGAUGACGAAACAUGUAUCAAAUGUAAGUAUAAUUCACAAGAAUAGUCACUGAAUAAAAAUCAUAACAAUAAUUUUAUGGCGCUAUAUAUAAAUAAAUUAUUUUAUCAAUAAUUUACUUCAAAUUAGAGUUUUGAUUGUGUAUGGAUUUAAAAACAUCGACCAGGAUUUGUAAUACUAUGUAGUUCCUUUUUUUUAUAUAACCAAGAAUUAAUCCCGACUUUAGCCACCGACUACUUUUAGUGUAGUCGUUGAGUAGCCCCAUUCACCAGGUUUUCUAAUGGACUUAAAGCAUGACACCAUU